AACACGAAGACAUGUUAUAUUGCACCCCAUAAACACAAUCAAGCAAAGAAAAAAAGCAGUAAACCACCCCUUUAAUCAAAAUCUGAACAUUUGCUGCUCUAGAAUGUCAUUUCUUCUCUGAUGAUGUCAGUCUGAUUGGGCAGAAUAUCCUUCACCACGUCCCUCCAACUGUUAGUUUGCUAUGAGUGAGAUGGAGAGGAGGAGCACUACAGUAAAACCCUCCCUGCUAUUUAAUAUUCUGUUUCAGUUGGAAAUACGUCACUAUACUGAAAUGAAGUCAGCAGCAAAUUCCAGUUCAAACAGACUUUAAUUACCUGAAAUGCAAGAGGUUUGUUUAAUCAACUUCAGAAAACUACAGAACCAAACCACAUCUCUUUAGUCCACUCUUAGCACACUCACCCAUGCUACAGCUGUAGAUUACCACACACGUCAUUUUUAAAUGGUGCAUUUGUUUCUUUAGGCUCUUUACCAACCGGUUGAUGGCAAAAUUGAACAUGAAGGGGAAGAAGCAGAAACUGCCUCUGGAGACGACUAAAACUUAUGAAGCAAUUAAUGGUACUCAGCAUUUUCUCCAUGUCAUUUAAGUUUAACACCAACUCAGUCAUAUUCACUACCUCAGUUUUUUUCUAAAUGUAGCAAAAUCACACUAGAAGGGAAAACGGUUUAGUCAAUUGAUAGAAUUGUAUUUAAUGAAAGUUUGUUUUCUUGCUUGUUGAAUGAGAAUAUUGGAAUCAGCGGGUCAAGCAGAAAGCUAUAUAAUGCAUUAUGAUGUUAAUCAGCCAUGGCCACUUGAUAUUAAUGUUAUUAGUUUUGUGUUCUACUCCACCUUCAUUGAGUCAGAGUCUACUAAUUGAGCCGAGAUGAGCAGUGUUUUCUCUAAGCUGCACUGGAGAAAUUAUAUAUUAUAUGAGUUGUAAAGCCAUUUGAUUGAAUUCUAGUAAAUGUGAAAUAACUGCAAUGCUUGGACAAACCACUAUAGAAUUGCAUCACUAUACCGUUACAACAAUCUAAUGCUUUAAUGGUUGUGGAUGAAAUAGCUCAACACAAGAGCCAACACAAUGAUAUAUGAAAUAAAACCUCAUCAUAUUUUAAUGAAUAGUGGCUUGAUUAAGUGAUGGAAAUAGUGGAUGAUGGGCACAGAACGGUAACAAAAAGACAUUUACAGUUAAACAGGUGACUAAUGAUUUUUUUUAGAUAACUGUAAAAGAAUUCUCGUUUACAUCAUCUGAAAAUAUUUGUUUAAAAUAUUUUAUAUUACAGUUUUUUACGAUUGUUUACACACUAAAAUAAAAAUUUCCACGCAAUUUGCAAAAUUCUACUCCAAUGAGCAAAACACCUCCACAGAUUUGCACAACAUUACACACAAUGUCUGCUUCACCCUUUUUGCAAAACAUUACACACAGUGAUUUGUAAAACUCUACACACAUUUUCACACCUUAGACACAGAUAAGGAUUGUGAGGUUACUUCCUUGUCAUUACAAAGCACUGGAUUGCCAAUGACCACACUAAUGAACGAAUUGGAUAAUCACAACCACCAGGUGUGGAAGCACACAUGUGCUAAUUUGAAAACGCAGCACUCAGUUGUGCUAUAAAAGGCAGCAGGUGAGUUCACCUGUCUUCAACAAAAAUGGAAGGAGUUAGAAGAAGAAGAGUGAGAAUGAGAGGGGGAGCUCAAAGAGGAGAUGAAGGCGGUAGAGGAAGAGGAGAAGAAGUGGGUAGAGGAAGAGGAGAAGAAGUGGGUAGAGGAAGAGGAGAAGAAGUGGGUAGAGGAAGAGGAGAAGAAGUGGGUAGAGGAAGAGGAGAAGAAGGGGGUAGAGGAAGAGGAGAAGGAGGUAGAGGAAGAGGAGAAGGAGGUAGAGAAAGAGAAGGAAAUAGAGGAAGAGGUAGAGAAGGACUUGAAGGGUUGAUAGAACCUGAACAAAGAAGACGAGGACCAAAUUUGACUCGAGAAAUCCGUGCAACACUUAUUGACCAUGUUAUCAACCAUGGACUGACACUGAUGGUAGUUGGACAAAGAGUUCAACCAAAUCUCAGCAGAAAUACUGUUGCGUCAGUAAUUCGGACAUUUCAUCGAGAAAACAGGAUUGAGGGUAGAGGACACCAAGGUGGAAGGGGCUCUAUGUUCACUCGUGCACAAGAGGCUGCCAUUGUGAACAUGGUUUUGGCCAAUAAUUGUAUCAGGCUGCGAGAAAUCCAAGCCAAUAUCAUCAAUGAUGACAAUAUUUUCAGUAACAUCCAACGAGUCUCUCUGUCAACAUUAGGUCGAAUCCUAAAGAAAAAUCAAAUAUACAUGAAGCAACUGUAUCGGGUACCAUUUGACAGAAAUUCAGAGAGAGUGAAACAUCUGCGCAAUGAGUAUGUGGAGAGAGUCUUGCAAAUGGAUGCAGCAGAAAUUCGACAUGAAUUUAUAUAUGUGGAUGAGGCUGGAUUUAACCUUGCGAAAACAAGAAGAAGAGGGAGAAAUGUAAUUGGACACAGGGCAAUCACCAAUGUGCCAGGGCAGCGAGGGGGUAACAUCACCAUUUGCGCUGCUAUCACACAAAAUGGGGUCCUCCACCACCAUGCAAAUCUGGGACCCUAUAAUGCAAAUCUAAUUCUUGCAUUUCUUGACCGAUUGCAUGAGAUUGUCACAGCAUUACACCAAGUGGACCGUAUGCGGUACAUUGUCGUUUGGGACAAUGUCUCAUUCCAUCGGGCUGCUCUGGUCCAGAAUUGGUUCCAUGAUCACCCUGAUUUUGAAGUCUUAUACCUUCCCCCAUACUCCCCCUUCCUGAAUCCUAUAGAAGAGGUUUUUUCAGUGUGGCGGUGGAAGGUAUACGACCUGCGGCCCUAUGACCGUUUGCCCCUCAUUCAGGCCAUGGAGCAGGCCUGUGAUCUUAUUGAAGCAGCUUCUGUGCAGGGGUGGAUUCGUCACACAAGGCGACUCGUCCAACGGUGCCUUGCCAAUGAAGACAUAGCCUGUGAUGUGGAUGAAAUCUUAUGGCCUGAUCCAGCCAGACGGAGAGAUGAAUAGUUACAGUAUUCUUGUUGCUUUUACAGUAGUUUUCUGUAAUUUCUGUUUACUUUACUUUUCUUCAGAGUCAAAGUGUAUGUACUGUAAUUCAUGCAGUAAUUUUUAUUUGUCUACAGAUUUUAUGUUUCAUUGAUUUCAUUGUUGGUUGAUUACUGUAACUGAUUAUGGUAAGAAAUAUUGUAAGUAUUGAAAUAAAUACUUUAAAUAUUCAGUCAGCAGCAUCAGUUUUGUGCAGUGCUUUGUAAGUUUUAUAGGCCUAUUUGUGUACAUUCUCCCUAUAUCUCAAACUAAUCAUGAAGAAUGUUGUGGGUUUGUCACAAUAUUUUUCCCAUCUAAAUGAUCCCUUACAUAACAAUGUCUGGCCAAAAAUCUAGCACAUGCUAUUUCCUAAAAUUCGUUUUUUUACAAAUGUGUUUUUUAUUUAUCACAGCAGUGUGAAACUGGCUGCAAUAGUGUCUGAUCAUUGAGGACUGUGUUGGUUAAAUAAAAACUAAUAGCAUUUUCACAAAUAUGUGUAUAUGUUUUGACUGAAGUGUGUAUGUUUUGACUGAAAACAGUCAAACAAACAAUCUUGGAAUUAUGCAAAUUGAGUGUGGUGUUUGGAUAAUUGUGCUUAUAUUUGGAAAAAAAGAACCCGGUUUUUAAAAUUGCGUGUAAACAAUUGGAAAAAACUGUAUUAGACUAAUAAAUAAUUGACCCCAAUAACUGCUUCAUUUUUUUAUAUAUUAUAUUGUAUUAUUUAUUACAUUAAAAUAUAUUAUAUUAUUAUAAAGAAUUGAACUGUUCUGUGGGAGAUUUUUCAAUGAUUUUUAAUAGAGUUUCUUGGUAAGUAACACAGCACUUGUUUUGUCAGGUAAACGUAAAUGUGCAUCAUUUAGUUACAUCAAGGGUCAAAUCAAAUAUAAACACCACAUUAUAGUUCAAAGUUACACACUUUUUUGUGUUUGUGCACGCUGUACAGGUCUGUUAUAUAGAAUGAUUUUACUCAGGUGGGCAAAAUGUCCACCCAAUAGAGAAUAGUUUUGUUCAUAAAAAAAUAAGGAACACUGGAGACAAGUUUAGUGAAUGAGUCAGUGCCCGAGAAUUAAAGCGAAAGUGAUGAAAAUGGGAAGUAAAUGAAGGCGGCACAGACAGAGGACUGUUCUAAUGUUACGUGAAUGCUGCAUUACAAUAUGCAAAUAUUUUCAUAACAACAUGAGCCGCUUAAAAUGAAGAAAGUUAUCAACAUAACUGAUAUUCAAAAUGGUAAGCAAGUGCUGCUUUGCUUACGUUUCGUAUAUCUGCAUAUAUCUCGUAUAUUCUUGUUUUGGUUUCUCCUUUUAAAUGACGAAUAUAUACUAUUGAUAGCCGCUGUUGUCCAGACGCUGCCGAAGUCGGCUUGGUGUGUCCCGGCCUUAAAGCCUUCUACAGACUGCAAUUUAAGCAAUUUUAUAAGGUCAUUACAAAUCACACUGUGCAAAAUAGUUUGAAGUAAGCAGUUUUAACGUCAUGUCGCGUUGAUUAACAUGCCAUUUCAUUUAGCUUUUUAUUGGCUGGUCAGUAGACAUAGUUUGUAGCAGCAAACACACUGUGAUGAUCGUAGGCUAUCUUUUGUCAUAAGGCCAUGACAGCAGCCGUCUUUGUGAAUGUCUCUCACUGUACGACAUAAGACCACUGAUUAGGAGCCAUAGAAAUCGCCACGAUUGUUUCACGAUGGCAAUCUUUGGUUUAGGACAGCAGUGUGUCCUGUGCUUUAGUAAUCCUGAAGACCUUGAUUAGCUUGUUCAGGUGUGUUUGAUUAGGGUUGAGCUAAACUCUGCAGGACAGCGGCACUCCAGGACCAAUGUUGCCUAUCCCUGUGCGACAUGUUUGAAGUUUUAAAAACACAAUGAACUCAUUUCUUUGUUUUUAUACCUUAUGGGUCUUCAGUUUGACACUGGGAUUAUUUCUGAAUCAUUAAUGGGUAUGUUGUUCAAAUAAAAACCAAGGACCCAAAAGCAAUUGCAGUAAGCAGAUUCAAAAAGGUAAAAAACAAACCCAAAGCAGUCCAGCAGGUCACUGGCCAAUAGACUGGAGAGGGACACAGUGAGAGAGCGAAAUCACAAGCAAUCAGCACGAAAACGAGCUACAUCAUCAGUUCACAAACAUGUCAAACAAACGUGUUUGUAGAGGGUUAGGGUUAUUUUUGUUGUACAGUACGUGGUGAACUAAGUGAUAACGCAUUGUUAUAGGUCAAAAUAAACAUUUAGUUAUAUAUAUAUAUAUAUAUAUAUAUAUAUAUAUAUAUUAAAUGUACCUAUUAAUUUGUCUAUUUGAAGUGAUUCAUUUAUUUACAUUUUUGUUUGUAUUAUUUAAUGGACAAUAAAUACUCUUUUCAUUUUAAUUUACAAUUUUAUUUUUAGUGUUCAUCCUCCAUAGUGAUUGGACAUCUUUAUCUACCACAUUGGAUUUUUUCCGGC